CACAUAGCUUGUAGCUUAAUGUGAGCUCCGCAUGCCUUGUUAAAUUAUAUAAUGAAUGGUUUAUUUCUGUUCUCUAGUUUGAUUGCACCAACACACUCAAUGAUCAGAUCCUGGAAAAUGUAAUCGUGCAGAUGGAACCUACCGAGGGAUAUGAAGUAAUCUGUUGUGUGCCAGCUAAAACUCUGUCCUAUAACCAUCCUGGCACAUGCUACACUUUAGUGUCUGUACCUGAAGAUGACCCAGCAGCAUGUAUGUAUCUACUCUAAACAUGUUUUGGGUGAAAAGGUGGAACUUUCCUCAGGUCUUCAGACUUCUGGUUUAUCUAUAAAAAUGAGUGUAACUGAAUAUUAUUAAAUUAGAAGAGAUACAUUGUGUUUCAGAGAUAAAUGAUGCUUUUGGUUAGGUGUUCUUUGAAAAAAACACUUAACAGUGGGUGAUUUGCCACUGGAGGAAGAAAGACCUACAUGUGCAUCAGCUGUGAUUGCUUUAUUUAUAGUUUUUGCCUUUACGCUGGGCACAUAUACUUGUAUGCUAAAGAUUACAUAUAAGAACAAAAUAUAACCAGCAAAUAAAAGAAAACAUUUAAUUUGAUUCAUUUAUUUUUGUAGUUUGAGUUGUCCAUUUUAAAUUCCUUAGCAAAGCCUUGAUAUUCCCAGUCUAAAGAUAAGCUGUUAUUUACAGCUCCAUGCUCUUCUGUAUUUGCUUUGUCCCAUUAGAAAAAAAAAAGUUGUUGUCAAAUGAUUUAACCAGCAAGUGAGAAAAUACAUAACCUGAUAAAAAAAGUAGAAGCAGAUCCAUAGGCAUAACACCAAGUAACAUCUUGAAUGUUUGUUUAUUUUCUGCAGAAUUAUUUUUUGUCAUUCUAACCAAAUGGCAGUUUGUCUGUUUUCUCAAAUGUGUGUGCCAUUGUAUAUGUUAGUCCCAUAUACACUGUUACAUUCCUCAUUUGUGUGAUGUCUUUUAAAUGCAUCAUCAAUCAAUCAUUUUAAAGAAUUAACAUUAGAUUUUCUUUUUCUCAGUUUCCUGUACUUUCAGUUGUUUAUUGAAAUUCACAGUCAAGGAUUGUGAUCCGAACACUGGGGAAGCCGAAGAGGAAGGCUAUGAGGAUGAAUAUGUGGUAAGGCAGAUAGCGGAAAAUGUGUGAAAACCAAAGCGAUUUUCAAAUCUCAGACCAAUACUUGAACUAAAAACAUUGCUGGUUUGAAGAUGUUUUUAAAUUCAGCUAUUCUGGCCUAAAAUUUGAAAUUAACCAUCAAUUCCUUACAAUUCACUUUUACCGAGUAAUCUUGUUGAGCUCUAACACAUACCUAUGUUUUGCCUUCACUUUUUUGUGUUUAAGUUUGGACACCGUCCGUCCUUUAUUAUACCAAUGACUGUGCAAGGAGUUGCUUUGUGUCCAAUCUGUUAUUUUGCUAUUAAAAACAAUGUUAUUUUACUCAUAGCUUGAGGACAUCGAGGUGACUGUAGCAGACCACAUACAGAAAGUUCUCAAACCUAACUUUAGCGCUGCCUGGGAUGAAGUGGGGGAUGAUUUUGAGAAAGAAGAAACCUUUAACCUAGCAACCAUAAAAACAUUAGAAGGUGAGCAUUUCUCUGCAAGUAUUUUUAUUUAUUUUUGUGGGUACAUAGUCUCUGAAGACAAUACCCAAUUAACAUAUAAAGGUGAUUUUAGCUGUCACAUUGAGUUUAACUCUGGUAUGCUAACUUGAACAAGCUCUGUGUGAUUUUAAUAUAAAAAUGAGUCAUGUAAAUGCAGUUAAAUUCCUUGUGUCUGAAACCCAAGUUACUUUUACAAAUUAAAAUAAUAUGUAAUGUAUUAGAAUUCACCUGCAAUGCCAAAAUUAAGUGGUGACUUUUUUUUUUUUUUUUUUUUGAGCAGUAACUUGUCCAGGAGAAAUGGCUAGCAAAUGUAUAGGUACCAAUUUUGUUUUGCCAAAAAACUUCAUACAUAGACAAAAAUAAUAGCUUUGGGGGCGGAGCCAAGCUGCAGAGCAGACAGGUCGCAUAGCACUAUUUAAACUUAAAAUACCCUAAUUGGACCUCUAAAAACCCGUCCAAAACGGCUAUAAACCUAGGCCACAGCAGAGGAAUCGACAUGGGAAGCAAAAAUAAGAAACAAAAGCCUGAACAGCCCAGACUUGGCCUCGAUAUCGGAGCCAUGUGGAAGCAGGCGUACGGAGCGACUGGGCCCAAAAUGGCCGACCACCCACCUGUCGGAUGAUUUCUCCCAGGGGGAGGACGCAUAUACCCCACCCCCGGCCAACCGGCACCAACUACCAAGCCUCUGAACCCCGAUGAUGCACCUGUCACAACAGCGGUGCUCAAGGCGCUGCUGGCAGGCUUACAGACCAUGCUUCAAGCGGAAAAGGCGGGCCUCCGCACAGACCUCCAGGGCAUAACCGGGAGACUGGGCAACCUGGAAGACACCACAGCGGCCCACAUUACCUCCAUGCAACAGGAGAUAAAGGGGUUACAGAGCAAAACGGAGGCAUAUGAGCGGCGAUUCGCCACACUAGAGGACACACGUUGAGCGACUAACUUAAAGGUACGGGGUAUACCUGAAACUAUGCCGGCGGAGGAACUACCGCACUUUGUGCGACGACUCCUGGCAGCAUUACUACCAAAAAGGCAAGCCAAAGCCAUAAGCGUAGAUGGUGUCCAUAGAAUCCCUAAACCAGCCAAAGCCCCAACAGCGGCUACCAAAGAUACCAUAAUCCGCUUUCAGCAGAGCGAGGACAGAGCGGCAAUUAUGGCAGCAGAAAGAAAUCAUGCCCAAUACUCUUUCGAAUCCAUGUCACUCACUUUUUUCACUGACUUAUCUGGCAGUACCUAGGCAUUGAGGAGAUCACUUAAGCCAAUCACUACUCUCCUCCAGCAGCGAGGCAUAACAUACAGAUGGCGCCCCAACCGCUCCAUGCUGGUAACAAAGGGCGAGACCACCCACGAGGUUCACAACCUGCAAGGAGCACAGGACUUACUACCCAAGCUGGGCCUGCCUCAAGAUGCCAUGCACCCCACGGUACAACCCGAGACCACCAAACCAUGAUACAGGUGGGACCCUGAAAAGGCGAAAACCUUUGUCCUGUGACGUCCUGGACACGGCUCCCCUGCAGACAACCCACCGUGAAAGCUCCCAGAGACAUAAAAAUCACGACAAGUUCGUGGCCGGGACUGGCUGACCAAACCACAAUAGUGGUGACUCACCGCGGUUAUCUGGUUAUUUUGUUAGCAUGUUUAGCCUACUCUACCAGUGUUGCCUAAUGCUAUAUUACGUAGCCUAUCCCUAUUGCCACACAUACUGAUGAUGCCAGCCACCCACACGUAACACACUUACGCUUCUGCCACCAACCCGAUCAAUAACCUCUCCCACCCCUCCCUCCCCCCUCCCGUCUGCCCUAAGGGGAAACCAGACUAUAUCUUCUCCCAAACAGAGGACAGACGGGUGUAUUUUACACCCAGCAACCAGAUACUUCACAAGCCACACACUCACCUACACGGCCACAACGGGGAAAAUACACCCCCUUACGACGCAAUACAUUACCUCACUCAGCCUUACAAGUUCUGAUUAGAUUAAGACAAGCAGUGUGGGGUACACUGUAUGGCACAUACACAGACUCUACAAACUCUACCACUCAGCAUGCCACACAUCAAGUAUCAAUUGGUCACUCAACGGCCACUUUCAUACUCAAAUAUCAAGCACAUGUGUCACCUUACUGAUGUUAUUACUCAUCUGCUUAACUAUGUGUACAUAUUUUCUUUAUUCGAUCUACAUGUCACUAGCCUGGUACCUCUACUAAAUAUAAACGGUGCAAAUCUACCUAACCAAGCCUGUCUAAAACAUAAAAUUGUGCCUGUUACUCCUAAGCCCUGCAUGUUAGGCAAGGAAAUGACUGAGGACUGCUUUCGAGGCACCUCAGAAUUGCAUGUACCACUCUUAUGCACUGCAAAAAUAAAGAAUAAAAAAAAAUAGCUUCAGUGCCGGAUCACUCUGUCAUCAGCAGAGAGUUUGAUUAUAAACUACAUUUAACCUAUACAUUUUCAAGUGAUUUGCUCUUGUGCAAUGCAUGAUAAAUGCAUAAUUAGACUGCAUAACUUAAUUGAAUUGAACAUUGUCAUUCACACAUUCGUGAGAAGAACUUUCUAGCUCCCUGUCUACCUAUGUCUGUUGCACCGUCAUAGUGGUGUAGAAGGUGAUAUUCUACAUCUAGAGGGGAGUGGGACUGUAUUGAUUUCAGUUUUAACCAGAAUACACUAUAUUAACAAAGUUCAGAGAACUGUGGAGUAGAUCUCCCAUUCUGAAAAUUUGUAGACAUGUUUCCCACCGAUUUUUCUGUGUAUCAGGUAGGAUUCUGCUUGGGGUCUUAUGUGUGAUAUCUGAAGCAGAGGCAAGAUAUGCCUCGGAAAUCCAGGGGAAAAUAGGUCUGCUAACUUGUCUGAGAUUUGUCUUCACGUAACAAACUAUUGAUGUCUGUCUUGGUGACAGUAGCAGAAUAAAGCAGGAAAUGUUUUUGAAAUGAAGAGAAAGUCAGUAAAGACUGGUUUAUUAGUAGAGUUUGAAUGACCUUGGGAUUUAAAUUUUGUGUAAAAGAUAGGGUGACACAAUGAAAUGUGAUGAAGGUAAAAUAAACACAAGGUAGGUAUAAUAUAUUAAUUGGUGCAAAAAUAGGGUUCGUUCACAAACUAGAAUUUGUGGAGAAACUGACAAGAGAGUUACACAUUAUUUUCUUCCAGAUUUAACAAAGCCUGUGUUUCCAGCUAGGUUACUUAAAAAAAAUAAAUAAUAAUUUUUGAUUGAAUAUUUGCAAUUCCCUUGUCACUUUUCUAUGACUGUAUAAACCAGUGUGUUAUUGCAUUUUCCUUGUGCAAGAUGAUAGAAUCACUUGGCUAAUGUUUCUAAAUACUGUUUUGUAAACAGAAGCUGUUGGUAAUGUAAUUAAAUUCCUCGGAAUGCAGCCCUGUGAGCGAUCAGAUAAAGUGCCAGAAAACAAGAAUGCCCACACGCUGUAUCUGGCGGGUAAGUCAAUAUUCAUGUUACAGUUUAAUAAUCUUUUAUCUGGCAUCCUUGCUGUGUAAUUAACAGAAAUCUGUGACCAUUUUAAAAAUUAAUUUAUUUACCUAUUUUGGGGUGGAUGGCUUGGCAUGGCUAAGAUCUGUGUGUUUUCCGUAGAGGGAUAUUUGCAGUACAGAAUCUUCUUCUUAGUCAUUGACAUGGACACAGCACAGUUCACCACAGCUACGUUGUAUAAAUAGAUAAAUAUUGCAGACUGGGCCUCUUGUAUUGUGCGUGUCCACUUUGAAAAGCUCACUCUAGAAUCUAAACCUAUGCUGAUUUGCAGUAAAUACGUGAACUUCAAAUUGGAGUGUUUUUAUUUUCCAUAUGUUUGUAAUUGAACCAGUGGCUGUCAGCUUGUCGGAAUCAAAACAAAAUUACUUGCCAUGUAUUUCAUUGUUAUUAGUGAAUUUGUAUUGUCUAGAGCCCAAUGAAAGAUAUGCAUGUUUGUAGAAUAAAUUAAUGAAAUAGUUGUUUGGUGUCCAUCUGUAAGUAACUGUGGUCCAUGCUGUCAACUUACUAAGAGUAUUUUAUAGGAUCCCAGCUCCAUCAAGCAGUCUGAUACAAAAGGAGAGAGUCCAGUGCCCAAAAUUUCCACUUUUAGGUUUUUCUAUUUGUGUAUUAAACUUUUGUUUGACAUCCUUCAGGCUUUUUAAAGCACAGAGCAAUAGAACCAAAGUUUGUCUCCGUUUGCUUCAUAGUGUGUAUCUUAUUUUUUACAGGUGUAUUUAGAGGUGGACAUGACAUCCUUGUUCGCGCCAAAUUAGUCCUCACUGACACAGUAACAAUGCAAGUUACAGCACGCAGCAAAGAAGAACUUCCUGUGGAUGUCAUUUUGGCUUCUGUAGGUUAAAAAUAGGUUUUCUUCAUUUACACUACAAAGGGAUUUAUACUUUAAAUGGAUUUUACCUUUUUGAAGGCAACGAUUGCCCCAACCAUAUACAAAUAUCCUGGCACAAAGCAUUUGCAAACCCUGCUGGUAUUCAACUGCCCAAAUCAGUCCUACGAUUCUUUUGUUUAGUUUUAUUGUAGACCAAGUUAUGGUAUUGCUGAUUAAAAUCGUUCAAUGGUUAAAAUGAAGAAACACAAAAAUAUAUCCUUUAGCUAUGGAUCGCUAAGCAUCAUGCGAUCCAUAGUUAAAGGAAAGGGUAGUUUUCUCUUUUGUAAUGCGACUGUUUAAAUGAUCUGAUUCUUUCUCCAAUUGAUUGUAGAAUAUUGAAAUUUCUGGGUUUCCGCAUAAAUUUGAGCAGAGAGAAUUAUGGGGUAGAUGUAGCAUCACACACAAAUGCAGUUUAAUUGAUCAUAAAGAAUAUGUAGACCCAUGAUGGUUGAAUGUUGGCUUGGCUCUUUUCAUGUGUAGGAUGUUCAUGAUGCUCAGACAGCUGCCUUGAUAGUCAUAGGAAUCCUUGUUGAUGACUACUUCAGUUCCAAAACAUAGUUCUCUUCGAGUCAGCAUAUUUACUGUUUUUGUCUGACUCUGCUAGUAAGAGGCCAACACCUCUCUAUUGUAUAUGGAUCCAGACAAAUUUUAAUAAAUAACCCUGUAAGUGCGCAAGGGACAAGCUAACCAUUGCUGAAUCAUAAGGCACUCAUGGAACUAAACAUUGUUGCAAUAUAAUGUAGAUGUUCAGUGUCCAAAACUUUUAGAAGGUAAUAUGUCAUUGUUUUUAUAUUGUACCUUCUUAAUCAAACCAUUUAAUCCCUUUUGGUCCAAUGAUACAAUUCUGUCUAGUCUCAAAGCCUUCCUUUUGAUGAUCUUGGUUUGCUGCCCUUCUCUAUUCAUGACACUGUUUCAGAUUUUCCCUGUUUGGUACAAACAAGAACAGUGCAUGAGAACGGUAGUUUCCUUAUUCCUUUGUUAGGGAUAUGUUUGGAAAUUUGUAGUCCGAUAUCAUGCUAAUAUAUUUGUUCUGCAUUAAAAUAACCUGUGUUCCUAAUAUAAUAUGCCUUUUGCUUUUUUUGUAUGCAAAAUAUAAACAUAUGGUGACACACAAUAAUAAAAAAAUGAAACAAUCGUU